AUGAAGCCGGUGACGGGGACAGACUCUCCUCGAACCCUAACUAGGAACAGAAUGCACAGACGAGCUGCUCGGAGGGGUGGUAAAAGUGACAGUGACAGUGAGAGUGAGAGUACAACUAGCAGUGGAAGCAAGUCUUCUGGUAACAAGACCAAAUCCUCCGGUCUCCAGAAACCCUCAGCUAAUAGAACUACGUCCGGAUCUCCGGUUGUCAAGAAAUCUGAUUCUGCAAGCUCCGUUCAGUCGCACAGAAGUAGAUCAGGGUCGAACAAGGCAGAACCCAAGUCAAGCAACACCACAAAACCAGUACCUGGCAAUGUAGCCCAAUCUGCGACCGUUAAGAAAGCAACUCUCCGGACUAGAACUGCUUCGUUUAACCAGGAAGAGAACCCCUUCUUCAAGGGUAUACCGUUAAGUUUAACAGCAGUAGAAUCCGCAACACCUCCAAGGAAGUCUGUGGGAACACCCACCAAGUCUGUGGCUACUGACUCUCCCAUCAACAGAAGCAAAGCAGGACCAAAACCCAUCGAGGGGCUCGCUGCUGAUAGAAGAUCUGCUUAUCUCAGUGCUGCUCAAUCUAGUUCUGGUAGUAGAAAUGAUAGAACCUCUAAACGUAAAUUAGGGAAAAUAGAGUCGGAUUCUGAGAUACAGGAACUGAACUCGAUCAGAUCAUCCCAGCUUGUGGCCCGAAUGAAGUCACAGUUCCAAGCAAACAGUAAAUUGAGAGCCCCAACCCGUUCGGCUACCCUUAAACGGAGAACGGAGAGGGCCCACACGACUCAAAUACUCCCCAGAUCACAGAGCUCCCCGGCCACGUCCAGGAGAUCCAGUUUAGUUUUGCACACUUCAACUGCUAGCAGUAGCAGUGGUAGGAAACAGAGUACAGUUACCAAGAAAACUAGCACAGUUCAGAGAGAUAAUGGCCGGAGUAGUACAGUGCAGCGUAAACAAAACGCUGCACCUCCUCCUCCUCCUACAGUGCAGCGUAAACAAAACGCUGCACCACCACCUCCUCCUCCAAGACCUCCUGUUCGGGAGUCAAACGGAGCCAACACUUCGCUUUCUACGGCUAAUAAUUCAAACAACGCUGCUAAAAGGACUAACGCCAUUAAAAAACGACCGAAUUCAGCUCAAAAGGCCGCAAAUUCGGCCAAAUCAUCACCAUCCACAAGACCAUCCACGGCACCUGGUCUCAAAUCGUCCAAACCUGAGAUCCGACCAGCUAGUCUCAAAUUACAAUCUGAGAAACAAGGUUCUAAACCUGGUUCCAAACCUACUGAGGAGAAGAAGCGAAGGUCCACCCGGAUUCCGAGCCCGGUUAAAUCGCCACCUUGUUCAGGGAUAAGAACCAGUAAGAGUACUUCAAGGGUCCCACAGAAGGACAAUGGUAACAUGGCUCCAAAAACUCGUCCUAAAAUCAAUUCUGCUUCGUCGCGUCUUCAGCAGGGUAAUGGCAGUGCUAACCGCCUCAAAAACAGUGCCAGUUCUAAUCACCUCAAAAAUAGUGCCAGCUCUAAUCGACUCAAAAACAGUGCCAGUUCUUCAAAACUUAAGAACCCCUCCAAGUUGAAGAACAGCACAAGCUCUUCGAGAAUCCAAGAUUCUGAUGUAUCAGAUUGCAGCCGAUCAAGUUCGCCUGUUAAACACAGUGGGAGGGCUGUAAAGACACCCCGUCAACAAUCAGCUGGUUUUUGUGGGAGAUCAACAUCUCUGGCAGACCUGAACAACGCCACUGGAGGAGGUGGUAUGAUUCCCAAACCGAACCUCAACAAACUUCAGUCUCUGAGCAAGAGUACCUCGUCUGUGAAUGAGAAGUCAGUGAGACAAGCAAGACGUGAAGCAGCACAGCGUAGAGCAGCAGAGGUCGCCCGAUCACGUGAUCCGGACGGAUUGGAGGGUGUUCAGGAGAUGUCUCCUAGAACUCCGGGCGCGGACGGACGGACCAAGUUUGUGUACGGUGGACACAGGUCGGAUUCCAGGGCUUGAAAUUAUUAUGUGAUACGUUUCAUGAACGAGG